AUGUCCAGUCACCAUGGCACAUCUACGGUACAGGCUCUCUAUCGAACAUUCAUCCUACCUGCGCUUCAGUCGAGGCGCAUAUCGCAUCAGAAGCCCUCGCAUGCCACACUGCCAAAGCGACGUACCUUCUCAACCACACCAAGCCGCCUAGUCUACCGUGGCUCCGCCGGCAAAACCUUCAAGGCCGAAGAACGCACGCAAAAGUGGGACGACGAGAUCACAUCCCGCAUCAUCCACCUCGUCGACCCUGCAACGAACAAACUGGCUCCCCAACCCAGCACGCGCUACGACAUCCUCAACACCCUCGACCGCAAAACCCACCGUCUCAUCCAAGUCACCCCCGACCCCAAACCCGACUCACCCGAAGCCUACAACUUCAUCCCCGUCUGCAAAAUCGUGAGUAAAAAAGACCUCUUCGACUCCGAACGCCGACGCCGAAUCAAUGAAAAGGAACGGAAGGCGGAUAGCAAGAAGGUCGCCAGCGUGAAGACGCUGGAGCUGAAUUGGGCGAUUGAGGUGGGGGAUCUGAAGCAUAGGUUGGAGCGGAUGGGGGAGUUUCUGGCGGAGGGGAGGAGGGUGGAGAUUGUGCUUGCGGCGAAGAAGCAGGGGCGCAAGGCUACGAGGGCGGAGUGUGAGGGGUUGUUGAGGAGGAUUGGGGAGGUUGUGGAGGGGGUUAGGGGCGCGAGGGAGUUGAAGGGGUUGGAGGGGAAGAUGGGGGGGUUUGCGACGUUGGUGUUGCAGGGGAAGACUGCUAGUGGGCAGGAGAGUGGUGGGGAGGGGUAG